UGGCAAGGCAGCCCAUUAUUUGGAGACUUAACUAUGCGUGUAUCUGCGCUUAAGGCAGGUAGAAAAUGUCAAAACGACCUUUUCAUAUUUCGUCGAUCUCCUUGUUUCUAUCAUUUACGCUGAACGAUAAGUACUUUUUUACGGCAAAAUAACAACGGAAAGAGUGUUAUGGACACCUUGAAUUAAAAGACUGUUUUAACAUAAGAAUAAAAAAGAAUCUUAUACCUGCACAACUUGAAAACGUCUAAAAAUUGUGACUGACUGCCAUCGCGACAUAACAAAAAAUGUCUUCCUCGCUGGCUAUGGUAGAGGCGCUACUUCAAGAGUUUCAUCAACCCGCCACGCCUAAUAUACGUAAACGUGAAAUAGAAACAGAACUAAUCGCUUUUAGAGGACAAACAAGUGCUUGGCAAAUAAGCCUGCAGGUUGCUGCUUCAAUUGACACUAAUCCGUAUCUUUGGUUCUUCAGUACAUCUACUCUAGAGCAUUGGAUAUCACGUCGUUGGACACAUUUGACUGCAAACGAAAAAACUUUGCUGCGCGAAACUUUAUGGAACACCUAUGCAAAUUUAUCAGUAGCAAAUGUGCCGCGACGUCAACGUGAUACAUUCGCUCAAUUGAUUGCACUCAUUGGAAAGCGUGAGUUUCCUGACGAUCAUCCCAACUACAUUGUCCAUUGUUUAGAAUUAGUUCGUUCGGAAAAAUUUGUAUUGGGUAUUACCUUAUUGCGCAUCACUUCAGAGGAAGUGUUAAGCAAUCGUGACUGCGUUACAACGGAACGUCAAAGUUAUUUCCAUUCUUGCAUAUCCAUGUGUAUACCCGAAAUUCUGGACUUACUCACUAAAUAUUUAAUAAUCACGGUUUACCAUAUCAACGAAAAAGACAUCCAUUCUUUAUCCAAUACACUAGUGGACUACGCCCUAACCACGUCGCUGCCAAAUGACAAUCAACUCAGUUCCUCAGUAUUGGAGUUACUUACGUGUAUACAGCAUCUCGUUUCAUGGACACGUACUGAAUUGAUUUCAGAAUAUUUUCUUAUGAGUAUUUUAGACUUGGCACAAUGGCGUGCCACACAACCAGAUAUCCCCUUGGCAGCCCUAUCUGUACUAAAUGAGCUGAUGUAUCUCCAAAAGCCACUGCCUCACGCUUUAACUGUCAUGACGGGCGUAAAUGGGCUUUUGGAACAACAUAACAGCACAAAACAUCAAAGCGAAAUAUACACUGAUAAAUUUAGGGAACUUCUACGUUUAUAUACAGACCGUUAUUGGUCGAAAAUGGUGCAGCAAAAUGAGUUAUUAGAAUCAUUUCUUAAAUCGCUGUAUUGUUUUACAAUUACAAAAAAUGGUGCACUAGACUUUAUGGAAAAGCUGGAAAUUUGGUCGCCAAUUAUAAAAGGUCUUACUUUGAGCUCUAAACAGAAUCGCUACAAUGAUGUACUGUAUCAACUAGUGGUGGAAAUAAUGCGUCGUAUAUUAUUUGAGUUCAAUAAAUCGGAGCUGGAACUGUUAGAUAACGAGCUGAUUGAAGAGAAUACCCAAACCGAAUGGCAACAAUUCUUGUCACAAUGUAUUGAAUGCAUAGCACUUGUAGGAGAAUCUCGACCUAAUGCUGUUUUUGCACAAGUUUCCGCACAUUGGUCGCGACCACAUGUUUAUCUAUUAUCCUUGGAAAAUGAUCUCGACAAUGGUAAGCUCUACGAUUUGGGCAGAAAACUGAAAUGUCAAACAUUCAAUGAACAUCUGCGUGAUUUAUCGACGGUAUGCCAGGCUGUGGUGCGUUUAUCGCCCCUUUUGGAUGCCAAUUCACCAGAAGUUGGUGCAGAAGUGACCAGUCAAUUGAAAUUACUCUCCGAAAAUCUGCUAACAUUGCUCAAAUUCUUUACUAGCAAUAAAGUAGCUACGUUAAAUCUAGAUAAAUCGACGUUCCAGACUGAUUUUGAUUACUUAUAUGCUCAAAUACUAAUGGCGUUACGAAGCAUAUUACCAAUGUCGAUUAAUCUCAAAUGUGAUGUUAUUCAUAGCCUUUUCGAUGCGUUGAGCGUGAUUUUACUGCCUGGCAAUAUAACGGUAGCACCUAUAGUGGCAAUUUCAGGAAGUCAACUCCUGCUUUGUAUUUCGACUGUGAUAAGACCAAAACGUUUAUUGGAAACAUUAUUCGUUACACAAUUGAUGCAAGCUGGUCCAAAAUUAACGUAUUUACCACGUCAAGCCAUUACAAACAUCUGUAUUAGCAUUAUCGGCUAUUUAGCAUUGCCAUGGAAAACUAUUGAAGAACAGCAGCAGGAUUGUACAAGUCGUUGUAAUCAUCUCUGCGAAUAUGUGAAAUGUCAAUCACAAAAUUUUCUUGAAUUAGAUGCGCAAGCAUCCAUCUCCAAAAUCUCCUCAAUAAUGCCAACCACCUUGAGUAUUUUUAGCGAAGUCGUUGAAUACUUUAAGGACUCCUGCAACACAACAAAAGACAUGUUAGCAAUUGCAUUCAGGCCCGUCAUUACGAAAGCAUUAAUGCUUUUCAAUAAUUUCGGCAUAAGCAAUAAUGCAAUUUCCAUUUCCGCUGGCGAAUUUAGUUUAAGUAUAUUGCGUAGUUUACUAAAUCAAUUCGGUGCGCAAUUCAUCAAAGACAUGAUCACGCUCUACAUAACUGUUAGCAGCAGAGAGCAACUUAGUCUUAAUCAAUUGGCUGUGUUGGAGAAAAUUUUACAAAUGUUCCAGUUAGUCGUACAACAGCCGGGCAAUACUUGGACCACUAUGUUGCCAUCCAUAUUAAGUUUCACUAUCGAACAAGUACUACCGUUUGUACAUCAACACGACAAUAGCUUAGUGGAUGGCACUGAUUUGAGUAGUGUAGUGUAUACGCUUUUUGAUUGUGUUUUACUCCAUAAAUGGCAGUAUUUCUAUAAGCCACAUGUGCAAUACAAUGGCUCACUAUUGCAUACCAGCAGUGAUAAUUUACAUCCCGAACAUUUUAUGGCCAUAUUAAAUGCUUACGGACAGGUAUUGGUGUCCGGCAAUGAUCCGAACCUCGUACGAAAAGUAUUGCUCUCAAUGCAGACUGUGAACGAACGUUGGCGUCUAUUUCAGCGUGCACUAUUUCAGGAUAGCCUACUAGCGUCAUUUCAACGCGCACUCAUCAAUCGACUGUUAUCCGGUGAGGGUUCGCUGCAUUUCGAUUUAUUAGCGAAUGUCUUGUACGCUAUGGGUCAAGUUGAUAACUUGAAGUUACGUGAGAGUUUUCUAACGGCUGGUUUUCCAGUUAAUCCGAAACAUUUGGAUGUGAUCUGCCUAUCAACUGACAUUCCAACAUUUUCACAAAAGUUAUCCCAACUGAUACAGGAUGCUCAUAGUUUACAUCUAACGCAGACAUAAAAAAAAACAUACUAUGUAUAAUUAAGUAUGUAUGUAUUGUAUUUCUCGCGACAUUUUCAUACGACACUCAGCAUGAUGUAGAACAAAAUUAUAUAAUAUGUAUGCAAUAUACAUAAGUAUAUAUAUGUAUGUACAUACAUGCAUUUCAAUGUAUGUAUAUGUAAUAAAUGUAUAUGUAUGUAUGCAUUUCAAUGUAUAAUAAGACAAAAAAUUCACAGUUUCUAAAUGACUGCUUUAUGAUUAUUUGUAUGUGUGUAAUGUAUAAUAUUAUAUUAUAAUAUAAGAGUAUAUUUAACACAAUCAACUACAAUACAUGCGCGUUAGUUUAAUCGUACAUACAUAUAUUGUUAUCAUUACAAUUACAAAUAACUAAUUUCAUUUAUUAUAAUUUGCACAGCUGACAUUAAGGUACAUCGUACGUUUUAUAUGUAUUUUUUAUAAUAUAUUUUUUAUUUUUUAAAAUAUAUUUUUUAUUUUUUAAAAUUAAUUAUAAUUUUUUUUUUUCAUUUAUAUAUACAUAAUAUUAGUAUGCUUUUAGUUAACACUUUAUUACUAAAAAAAAGGUAUUACAAUUAAUCAUGUUCAUAAAUACAUAUAUACAUACAUACGUAUGUACAUACGCGUAGUCAAUUUGUUUGUGUCUGUGCUUAUUUUUUUUUUUUCUUUUUUUUUUUUUUGUAUUUUGUUUCAAUUUAUUAUCAUUUGUAUUCCUAUACCCUUGCUCAUGGUACUUUCUCAAUUUUACUAUAUAUCUUUAGUAUUUCGCUAAUAUUAAGAGAAAAUAAUUCAUUAUACUAGUUUAUAUAUAAUGUAAUAAAAUUAAAAUUUAAAAAUAAUUUUAGUGUUUUAAAUAUACGUGUAUGUAUGUAUAUUAGGGGUGUUACAAAAACAGAUUCUGUGUCGGUAUCCAUAACACAGCAGUAUAUUUUUUUUUUUAUUAAUAUGGAUCACAUCAUCAAGACAUCAAAACCACAAAUUGAAGGAGGAGUUCGGCGGAAAAUCGCUUCAGCGGUUACAAAGCGUCAAAUAUAUAAAUAUAAUAUGUAUCUGGCUAACGUCCACUUUUGGUCAGAAUUGUAUUGUAUAGCCACCGAAAAAAAGUUGUUAGACAUUUUCCUCUAGCCUAAAUUGGCAGCUAAGAGGAUCUGCACAACACACAGGCAAUUGAUCUCAGGCUACUUCUAGAUAUUUUAGACUUCUUGCCAAGCUGUGCAUUCUAUAUAACUAUGAUAACACCAUCACUAGCUUAUCCAUAUUCUACCUUUAAUAACCUGGUCUAAAUAUAGCCGUAAAGCCAGCCCAUUCAGUAUAUUAAGAGCCUCUGGGCUUUAUAAACAAUUAAUUAUUGUCUUGCAAUAGAAAUAUUUAUUGUUAUUCAAAA